AAGCCUGAGGUGUGCUUCGUCGAGAGGGCUAAAUUACAAAAAAACAAUGUACUGAACCACUUUGUCUUCUUCUUUCCACCCAAAUGUUUCUGCCAUCUGCUCCUUCCCUGCUCAUCCCCACACCAUAGCUAUACACUUCAACACACACACUCUCUCUCUCUCUCUCUCUCUCUCUCCGUUUCUCUUUGAACUUUUCCCAAACAAUGAUCGCCCAUUCCCCAAAAUCCCAUACCACAACCGCUUACUUCUUCUCCUUCUUAUUCACUGUGGUUUUCUCUGUUCUCCUCUGUGAUUCCGUCCCUUCAGUCUCCGAAGUCAACGACUCCCUCACGUAUCUAUGGCCUCUGCCAUAUGAAUUCACUUCUGGCAAUGAGACCUUGUCCGUAGACCCGGCUCUUUCGCUUGUCGUUGCGGGGAACGGAGGCGACUCCACUAUUCUCCAAGCGGCUUUUGAUCGGUAUAGGAGGAUUAUAUUCAAGCACAGCAAUGGGCUUUCUCUUUUUGGGAGACUGAGGGGGAGAAGAGUCGUCUAUGAUAUUAGCAAAUUGAGCAUUGUUGUUGAUUCGGAUAAUGAAGAUCUUCAACUUGGUGUAGAUGAGAGCUAUACUUUGUUUGUGGCGAAAAAUGAUGGGCAAUCGAUUGUUGGGGAGGCAACCAUUGAGGCAAAUACUGUGUAUGGUGCUCUGCGCGGGUUGGAGACAUUCAGCCAAUUAUGUACUUUUGACUAUGGAACUAAGUCUGUACAAGUAUACCAGGCACCGUGGUAUAUCCAAGACAAACCAAGGUUUGCUUAUCGUGGGCUUCUGCUUGAUACAUCAAGGCACUAUUUACCAAUUGAUGUAAUUAAGCAGAUAAUCAACUCUAUGUCAUAUGCUAAACUUAAUGUUCUUCAUUGGCACGUCAUAGAUGAGCAAUCAUUUCCUCUAGAAGUACCAACAUAUCCAAAUUUGUGGAAAGGUGCAUAUACGAAGUGGGAGCGCUACACAGUAGAGGAUGCAAUUGAAAUCGUCAAUUUUGCCAAAGCAAGAGGUAUUCAUGUAAUGGCAGAAGUAGAUGUCCCUGGUCAUGCAGAAUCAUGGGGCAUUGGAUAUCCUGAUGUUUGGCCUUCUUCUACCUGCAGAGAGCCGCUUGAUGUUUCAAAAAAUUUUACUUUUGAUGUGAUUUCUGGCCUUCUGUCAGAUAUGAGAAAGAUUUUUCCCUUUGAGCUGUUUCACUUGGGUGGUGAUGAAGUUAAUACAGGUUGCUGGACCUCUACUCCACAUGUGAAGCAAUGGCUUCAGGAUCACAACUUAACUGCCAAAGAGGCAUAUCAAUUCUUUGUACUUAGAGCACAAGACAUAGCAAUUUCACAAAAUUGGACCCCUGUCAACUGGGAAGAAACCUUUAAUACCUUUGCGGAGAAUCUUAAUCCGAGGACCGUAGUGCAUAAUUGGUUGGGCCCAGGGGUUUGCCCUAAGGUUGUUGCCAAAGGUUUCAGAUGCAUUUUCAGCAAUCAAGGUGUUUGGUAUCUUGACCAUCUAGAUGUCCCUUGGGAAGGUUUCUAUACUGCUGAACCACUAGAAGGAAUAGAUGAUGCUUCUGAGCGAAAGCUUGUGCUUGGAGGAGAAGUUUGCAUGUGGGGUGAGACGGCUGAUACAUCAGAUGUUCAGCAAACAAUAUGGCCUCGAGCUGCAGCAGCUGCAGAGCGCUUGUGGAGCAAAAGGGAGGCUUUAUCUACCGGAAACAUUACCCUAACUGUCUUACCCCGGUUGCAAUACUUUAGAUGCCUCUUGAACAGACGUGGGGUUCAAGCUGCUCCAGUCACGAACAAGUACGCACGUCGUCCUCCGACUGGUCCUGGCUCAUGCUAUGAGCAAUAAAGCUCACUGUAAUCAUAUUUAUCAUAUUCAUGAGUUUCAUGCUCCAUUCCUUUACUCUGUAUAAUAAAUUUAUGAGCAUUCCUCUGUAUUUUAAUUAGUAUUGAUAUUGGCUUGCUAGUUUGGAAUUGUUGGGAUUUUUUUUUUUUUUUUUUUUUGGUUGAAAUUUGAAUCUGGUUAUACUUAUUUGAUCAAAUGGGUUGUUGUUGUUGUACUGGGAACAAAUAAAUUAUAUUAACUGCUUUAUGUUCAGAAUU